UGGGAGUUGUAGUUCCAACUCUGGGGCAAAGGUCUGCGGUCGGGAUCAGGCUCGCAGGAGGUCGUAGGUCGUCCCCUGCUUUUGGCGCUGCGCUGGGGAGAUGGAGUCAGGGUCCGGGACCGAGUCGGCACCGUUGGCCGGGCUGGCCUGGUCAUCGGCUUCGGCACCCCCUCCACGGGGAUUCAGUGCGAUCUCCUGCACCGUCGAGGGGACCCCCGCCAGCUUCGGCAAGAGCUUCGCGCAGAAAUCGGGUUACUUCCUGUGCCUGAGUCCUCUGGCCAGCCUGGAGAAUCCGCAAGAGAAUGUCGUGGCCGAGAUCCAGGUCGUGAUGGACAAGAGUCCCCUCCCGCCAGGCUUCUCCCCGGUCUGCGAUCCCCAGGACUCAAAGGCCUCCAUGUCCAAGAAGAAACGUAUGUGUGUGAAGUUGGUGCCCCUGGGGGCUGCGGACACCGCCGUGUUCGACGUCCGGUUGAGUGGGAAGACCAAGACAGUGCCUGGAUACCUGCGUGUCGGAGACAUGGGUGGCUUUGCCAUCUGGUGCAAGAAAGCCAAGGCCCCGAAGCCGGUGCCCAAGCCCCGAAGUCUCACCCGGGACAUGCAGGGUCUCUCCCUGGACCCGCCCAGUCAGACCAGCAAAAGCAGCUGCCCUGAAAGGACGCUGUCCCGGCUGGGCUCUCGGGCCUCUACCCUGCGAAGGAAUGACUCCAUUUAUGAGGCUUCCAGCCUCUAUGGCAUCUCAGCUAUGGAUGGGGUUCCCUUCACGCUGCACCCCCGAUUCGAGGGCAAGGGCUGUAGCCCCCUGGCCUUCACUGCUUUUGGGGACCUGACCAUCAAGUCACUGGCGGACAUAGAGGAGGAGUACAAUUACGGCUUCGUGGUGGAGAAGACGGCAGCGGCCCGGCCCUUGCAGCUCCAGGAGUUCGAUUACUGGAUACAUGCGGUGUUGGUAGAGACGGAGAGGGAGGAAGCUGCUCGGAAACGGCUGAUAUUAUUGCGGACCUACUAG